AUGUUCCGCUCAACAUUAAGGAUACCGCGCAUCCUGGCCGCCGCCGCCCCGGCGGUGCGCCAUCAGCAGCGCUCGAUGCACGCCAUCCCCCAGCUCGCCCACGACUUCAGCGCCGGCGUCCCGGGGCUGCUCUCCGCCGACGGUUUCGACAUGGCGUGGACAAAGUACAUGACCUUGACGCUGGAUAAGCUCAAUGCCUUGAUCGCAGGAACCGACCUCGAGGCCCGCGAAGUCAAACAGAUCCUCCUCGCCACCGCCCGCGACCCGGACCAGGCCCCGGUCUUCAACCACGCCUCCAUGGCGCACAACACGCACUUCUUCUUCAAGAACCUCACCCCGUCCCCGAAGCCCAUGCCCGAGCUCCUCGCCAACGACCUCGUCCGCUCCUUCUCCUCCGUCGAGACCCUCCGCACCGAGAUGGUCCUCACCGCCUCCGCCAUGUUCGGCCCGGGCUUCGUCUGGCUCGUCAAGAACCCCGCCAACGGCCAGUACCGCGUCCUCUCCACCUACCUCGCGGGUUCCCCCUACCCGGGCGCCCACUGGCGCCUGCAGAGCGUCGACAUGAACACCCGCGGCGCCCGCGGCACCGCCUCCGACUUCCUCGGCAGGAGCGCGAGCGCCCAGGUCACCGGCGCCAAGCCCCCCGGCGCCCUCGACGUCGUCCCGCUGCUGUGCCUGAACACGUGGGAGCACACGUGGCUGCGUGACUACGGGCUGGGCGUCGGUGGUCUCGGCGGCAAGAAGGCGUUUGCCGAGGCGUGGUGGGAGGUUAUCAACUGGGAGGCUGUGCUCAACGCCGCGGAUAUCAAGACCCGCCCUAGUUUUGCGCAGUAA